AUGGGAUAUGUGGCCUGUGGCACUCAACAUAACCUCACAUAUCCUCCUGAGUAUAAUAUCUCGCUCUGGGAUGACUUAUGCCCGGUCAAUAAAGACGCUGAUCCAAAGAUCUUUGAUUUUGGUAUAUAUUUGUACCCUCUUCAAUCUGAUGUGGCCAGUUCAUCAAAUCAUCUCUUAGAAAGGGUUUUCCAAUCUUUCUGGUGGGCCUUACGAAAUCUGAGUUCUUUUGGUUCAAACCUAACCAGCAGUAUGGAUAUGUUAGAAAUUUUCUUCUCUAUUUUGAUAUCUAUAAGUGGCAUGGCGCUGUUUUUAGUAUAUCUCAAUGCAAGAGUGCAGGAGUCCCAAGAAAGAUCAAAUAAGCUUUUGCUGCAAGAGAAAAAACAAUUAAUGAAACCAGAUAUUGAUUUGUGGUUAUCAAAAAACAACCUCUCUAAGGAUAUGGAAACAGCUGUGACCAAAAAGAAAAAGAAAAAUUUGAAGACAUUGAUCAUGGAAAACAUUCACAAACUUGAAGAAAACAGUGAUCUUGAUGUGCAAAAUUUCCUCUCUGUUCUUCCGAUAAAAGAUAAACAAACCAUCAUGUGCGUUCUUUUCUUAGCCGCACUGAAAAAGGCAAUGCCAGUGCUUCAAACCAUCGAUGAAAAGGUGUUAAAAGAAAUUUGUCAGCAUCUUGUGCCAGUGACCUACGCUGAAGAUAACUAUAUUGUUCAAGAGGGGAAGCCACUCGGGAAGAUGCUCUUAUUCACUCAAGGCAGCGCAGUCACUUACUCCCAUGGCGGAACUAGCAGUGGUUCUUCAAGCAACAAGUGGCUUAAAAAGGGAGACUUUUAUGGCGAUGAACUCUUAAAUUGGGCGUUCAAAUCUCCUUCAUAUCCUGAUUUACCCAUCUCGAAUAGAAAUGUCAUCGCACAAGAAAAAGUUGAAGCAUUUGCUAUUAGAGCCAGCGACUUAAAGAGUAUUUUCUUUAAAUUCUGGUGGUUUUUUAGCAGAGAGGUACAUGCUUCUCAAUUGGAGCAAUGGGAGCAUCUGGCAGCUUCUUCCAUACAGGCAACCUGGCGCAAUCGUCAAGCAAGGAUCCGUUUGCAAUAUGAUGAAUGA